GCGAAGAGCGGGCCGCCGUCGCUGGCUGGGUUUCGGGCGGGGGCGCGGGGCUCCUGGCUGCCAUCGCCGGGCCCGUUCGCUUCUCACUGCGACCCCCGGCUCCUGACCCCAGUAGCGGCUUGUCUGUGGCGAGAGAGCGGGGGCCGGCCCGGCCCUGGCCUGACCUGCGAGGUGACCUUGGUCGAGUCCCCUGCCGCGCGGAGCCCGUGUGGCACGGGCCUGUCAGAGGCCCAGUUCUCCAGCGGUCGGGGACACAGACCUAGAGCGGCCCCACAGGCUGCCCUGUGGCAGGGGAAGCGCCGGGCCACCUGGGGAGUGAGGAGCGGGGGGCUCGGUGGGGGCGGGGGAGAUGCCCCUGCAUGUGAAAUGGCCGUUCCCCGCCGUGCCGCCGUUCACCUGGACUCUGGCCAGCAGCGUCGUCAUGGGCCUAGUGGGCACCUACAGCUGCUUCUGGACCAAGUACAUGAACCACCUCACCGUCCACAACAAAGAGGUGCUGUACGAGCUCAUCGAGAACCGAGGCCCAGCCACGCCCCUCAUCACUGUCUCCAAUCACCAGUCCUGCAUGGAUGACCCUCACCUCUGGGGGAUCCUGAAACUCCGCCACAUCUGGAACCUGAAGUUGAUGCGUUGGACCCCUGCGGCUGCAGACAUCUGCUUCACCAGAGAGCUGCACUCCCGCUUCUUCAGCUUGGGCAAGUGUGUGCCCGUGUGCCGAGGAGACGGCGUCUACCAGAAGGGAAUGGACUUCAUUCUGGAUAAGCUCAACCAUGGGGACUGGGUGCACAUCUUCCCAGAAGGGAAGGUGAACAUGAGCUCCGAGUUUCUGCGCUUUAAGUGGGGAAUCGGACGCCUGAUUGCCGAGUGUCAUCUCAACCCCGUCAUCCUGCCACUGUGGCAUGUCGGAAUGAAUGAUGUCCUCCCUAACAGCCCGCCCUACUUCCCCCGCUUUGGACAGAAAAUCACGGUGCUGAUCGGGAAGCCCUUCAGUGCUCUGCCUGUGCUCGAACGGCUCCGGGCUGAGAACAAGUCAGCUGUGGAGAUGCGCAAAGCUCUGACCGACUUCAUUCAGGAAGAGUUUCAGCACCUGAAGACCCAGGCGGAGCAGCUGCACAAGCACCUGCAGCCCGGGAGGUAGACAUCAGCCUGCCACAAGCCUGCCAGCUCCUGUCCCCCGCCUGCUCCCUCUGGCCUCCAGGCCCGGGAAAGAGGCAGCUCCGACCUAGGACCCAGCCGCCUGCUCUCAGUGCUGCCUUUGGGUCCUUGCACAGCACAGGGCUCACCUGGGGGACAGACUGAUGUUUUGAGGUCACAUACAUUUUUUUAGACAGAUGUGUACAUAAGCCCUGGCAGGUGUCCUGUCCUCGUCAGCAAGCAUUACCCCCCCC